GACAUUGAGAUCAGUUACUAUUAAAGUCAGUCAAAUUGCAUUUCAUUCUGAAAAUUGUACAUAUUAUUAUUUCACAGAAGCAAUGUGGUUUCUGGUAUUGUCAUGUGUUGUGGUGGCAGCUCGGCCAGAUCCGAUGGGCACAUUGAAUCCAAAUGAACCUGAGCAACAGGCACAAAAUCCAUCUAAUGGAUCUCCAUUUGGACAAGAUCCAGCCUUCCCUGGUCAAAAUGGAGGAGGCAGGGGUUAUGAGUCUGAGUUGACUAGAUCAGGGUCCGGUUUGACCAAGGGAACACAGAGGAGCGGACAAUGGCAUAGAUGGGGAGGAACCGGAAAACCACUGAUGAAUGGAAGAGAUGGUAGACCAUCUUACAAACCAACUCAAGCUCCAGUUGGUGGAGGUAGAGAGAAUCAAAUGAAUCCACUCUUUGGAAGAUCCCUGAGUCCCAACAUGAUGGACAAUCGGCAGUUCAUUCCAAUCUUCAAGGCUGACAAUGUCACUGUGCAGAAUGUUAGUGCUUUCCAUCUAAAGGAGGGAGAGAAUGUCUUCCUCUUACCAAAAGGUAGAGGGCAGAUGCAGCCACCAAAAAAGGACGGAGUGAGAAGACCUCAGGAACUGGGGUUUGGUCAUGGUUUCUCCUCCUAUGGCCCUCAGCCUUAUGUGAAGCUCAUCUACAACCCAACUGCAACGCAAAGAAUCUCGUUUGAAUAUGGCAUUACACAGCUUCUCCCUGCAUUCAUGAAGGCGGAGUCUGAAAGUGAUCAUGGGACAAAAUAGGACAGGACCCAAUCACAAUGUGGACAUCCAGCUAGGCGUAGAAUUAAAUAGAUUUUUGGUAUUAUUGUAAUGUCUCUUGGUGGUUGUUCACUCUUAGUUUGCUGGAUUUUCUUCUUUAAUCACUUUGAGAAUCUGUUCAUUAAAACUUGUAUCAGCAACGUAA